UCCUCGUUUACGUUGCGAGCGUCUCGGAGAUGCGGGAUGGACAGGGACUCUGUGCACUCGGUGGCAACUGUGGGGGGAAGGCAGGAAGGGGAGGAAGCACCCGAAACGUGAGAGGGGGAAAACGCCCGCACAGGAGAUGAGAAGGAGAAGCGAGGCGCGAGCAGCGGCGAGGACAGAGAGUAGGCGAACGACAGAGAAGCCAGGCUGCUUUGACCUCUCUCUCUGGAGGCUGGGGGCUUUGCGCAUUCGUCGAGCGACGUAGAAGAGAUCGACUGAAACGUAUUUUUCGCAUGUCUCGCUUCUUCAGAAAAAGUCGAGUGCACGGCUCUCGUCGUCCAGGAGACAGAGAAAGGAGACGGAGGUGGCUUCAGAGACAUCGGCGCGACAGGGAGAGGUGUCUUGCCUUCUCCUUCAUUCUCUGGAAUGCUGUCUCGCUCGGUUUCUUCCUCGCUUUGCUGCGCUUUGCUUUCUUCUUCCCCCGAGCGUCUGCCGGCUCCCCUGCUCCCAAAGUCUUCCUGCUCACCCCACACGUUCACUCGCCCAAUGUCGACGCCGGAGACUCCCAAGGAGCAGGCGCCGCGACGGUCUCCUCGCUGGCGGCUGCGGCGACCCUCAGAGCCUUUUCCGACUGUCUCUGCAUGCGCGGCGACACGCACAACGCGCACCAGCCGGUGCAGGGACGCCAGUUGCCUCGGAAUCCUCGCUGUCGUUUGAUCUCCAUUCGCCGGUCUCUGUGCUCGCGUCUUGUUGAGCAGCCUCCAGUCUCGCCCCCGAGUCUCCUGUUCUGUUUCGCCUCCGCCGUGACAGAGAGGGUCUGCCGCGGACUCGACAGGCACCUCCAGAACGCUGAUCGAGGAGCAGGAGAGCGAAGGCUCGACAGCGCUCAUUCGGACUCGAUCUACGGCCUGGUGGUGCGCGCCAAAGACCGGAAGGAAGAGGCCGAUUCUACCGCCAUUCCUCCCAAAUGCACAAGUACUGUUCUUCUGUGUUUCGACUAUGCAUCUCCGUUUAGACAUGCACUCGCAUACUUUGUGACCUAUGGCUGUGCCGGGCAUGUCGACGCGCUGAUGCAUGAUGUCUCUAUUGUCUACAUGCAAUUGUGA